CCGCAGGGUGGGGUGUGGAGGGGAGCGGGGCCGGCCGCCCCCCCCCCCCCCCGGAGCCACCUCACCCAGGCGCCGGGGUGAGCCGUUCCCGGUGGGACCGGGAGAAGGCUUGUGGUAGGCCAGCGGGGGUCUUCCCGGCUGUCCGCUGGCCGCCUGGGGUCUUCGCCGGGGGCAGGCGGCCUGGGUGUAGCAGCGUAGCCCUGGGGAGAGCAGCGGUCCUGUGCUGCCGGUGGCAGCCCUGGGCAUGCCCGCCCGGCUUCCCGAUGUUGGUGGUGCAGCAGAUAAGAUUACUUUAAUACCUCAAGACUUUUUUGCAGAACUGUGUGAACAAAUAAUUCAACAUCUGAACCAUAAGAUCCCAGGUGUGAAUACAGCUGAACUGUGUGAGAGAAUUCAAACAUCUGGGAUUGAGAUUAAUGUUGGUGACCUGGCAAAAAUAGCUAACAUUGUUUCCUUUCUAUUUAGUACAGCAGCCAGAAGCAAUCUCUCUACAGAGGAACUCGUCACCGCCUUGGGCAAUACAGUCAGCGUGCUGCCAAAACAUGCCGUUCAAGUUAUUCGUCAUGUAUGGAAUGAACAGGGCAAAUCCAUUAGUGUGUCAGAAGAUGCAAGAAAUACAGCCACAGUGGGGCAGUUUGUAGACAUUAAAUGGAAACUGGGAGUUGCGAUGAGCUCUGACACCUGCAGGUCUCUGAAGUAUCCUUAUGUUACAGUGACACUAAAGGUGGCAGACCCUUCUGGACAAAUAACAGACAAGUCUUUUGAAAUGACAGUCCCACAGUUCAAGAACUUCUUCAGACAGUUCAAGGAAAUGGCAGCUGUUCUUGAAACAGUUUGAAGAGAACUCUUUUAUUUACACUGACAUUUUGGACAGACUUAGAUCAAGUAAACUUUUCAUUCUGCACAGGGAAUAAAGUGCCAUUGUUCAGCAAGGUAUGUAUCCCUGUCUUUUUGACAGGUAUUUGUCAGCAUCGUCCUUGCAUUGCUGUGAAGAUUCCUUUGCUUUUGAAUACUUGAAGCAAAUUCUGCAGUGCUUGUGAAAAUGUGUUCAGCUUUAUUCAUCUUGAUAUGCAAAAGAUCAGGGUGUGUACAGAGAAGCACCACUGUAGACUUUCUAAUAUCCAAGAGUAAGAAACUGUAUGUAAGAAACUACACAUUUAAGUCUGGAAAAACACCUGAAAACAUUGACUGGGAAGAUACUGAGAGAAGUGUAAAUGCCAUGGUAACACUUUUGUCUGUAAAAUUGAGAUGUGCUUGGACUCAACAAUAAUAUUAAGUAUAAGGAGUAUAUGAAGUUACACAUAACAAGCAUACAGUUAUUCUUGAAGAAUAGCAAUGUCAAGUAGUUAGUUGCAGGUAUUUGUGGACCUGGCUUCCAGUCUUCUUUUAAUAACUGCAGAAUGUACUUGUCCUAACAGCUUGUUUAUUUCAAAUACUUAUUUCCCACCACCUAGGCUUAUAAAAACUGAGUUAAUGCAUUAAGCUUUUGUGGAGACCCAAAAUUUAUUCUCUGAAAUGAAGCCCAGAGGAUAAUUUUAAAUAAAGGUAGAAAGGUGAAUUUAAUUCAAAAGCAUUUUAAUAUAUUUUUGCUUUUGCAUUUAAUCCAACUCUAAUCUGUGGCACUCUGCUUGAUGUUUUGAUCAGCAGUCUGCUUUCUAAUUAAAUUAGAAUAUCGAUGCAGUUGCCUCACUUCAAGCUCUGAACUAGAAAAGUCAAGAGGAAACUUGAAAAUUGAGGCUGGAGUGUUAGCUGAGCACAUCAGAGAAAGGACCACACUAAAAGUCAGCAAGAUUUUUGUUGUAUUGUGUGGCAGGAGUCCACUGGACUGUGUUGUGCACGCUUGCACUUAGAGAAUGUCCUAACCAGCAAAAUUUUGACUUUGAUUCUGAAGAAUGGGUGCAUUUCCAAAGGGAAGUGAUAAAUCCAGUGUGCUUGCAUGCUCUCUUUUUUGUUGUUGUUUUUUUUCUUGAGUUUUCCAUAAACCAAACACAAACUGCAAAUACAGUGGGAUGUAAUAAAAACAAUACUGUUGCAUUUCAAGAUGUGCUGGUGGUGUAGUAGAGCAAGUAAAUGUGAAGAGAGGUGAUUCAUACUGAUAAGCAGACUGAAGUUUAUGCUGCAACUUCAGAAUAGUAGACACUGAGAAACAGUUUUGCUGGGACAGAUCCUCAUGUGAUUUCAGGCCCCUUUAAGUGAGAACAUCUACCUUUCUAACCCACUUACAUUUUUUUAAUUAACUUUCUUAGAAGCUGGCCGAAAGUCAUUGAUACAGGUUAUGCCUGCCUUUUUGCAUCAUGAAAAUAAACUGCAGCCCACUGUGCGGGCUGCAUACUGCAUUCCUUUUAAUAAGGAGAGAUACACGCCCCCUAUUUGGGCAUUAUGCAUGGUGGAUAAGAACAGUGCUUGGAAUUGCUUAGAAGCCCAAGAAAGUGAAACAGUGUUGGCUUUAACAAAAGAUAGUAAAAAUUUUGGGCUGUGGCCCUUGAUCGGGGUGAUACUUCCUUUGUGCUGCUGAAGUCUGAGGUGUUUGCUUUGUGGCUGGGGAGAGCAGAUUGCUCUUUUCUGGGACCUUCUCAAUGGAAUGUCACAAUGGUCUCAGCAACAGACUUCUCGUUUGCCUUUUCCCUUGUCUGUCUACAAGGGCUCAGGGCUGAACGUAGUGGAAAAAAACCCCUCUCUGUGUGUGGAAAAGUGAUGUAAGCAGCUGAUUUUUAAUUUUUUUUUUUUAAUUUGCAAAAGUUGGAGUGUAAGGCUGUUACAACUGGAAAAGACUGUCAUGCUUUGGCCUAGUGAACUAAUUGGUUUACAUCAAUGCUAGAGUUCCAGAAAAAGAAUACUACUUUUUUUUUUAGUAAAGCUGGAGCCUUACAAAUACUUCCCAUUUGUUCUAAUGCACUUAAGUUCUUCAUAUAGGUGGAAACAUUUGUGCCUUCAUUGGAACUGGAUGGAAAAGAAGAUUUAAUUUUGUCUUAACUUCUAGAAACAGCAAUUCAGUAAAUGUUGGAAGGUAUUGAGGAAAUGUUCAGUUACCAUUUUUGCUUGGUCUGUCACCAAGAGGAGAAAGUUGGCAGCCUUUGAAAAAUCUAACUUAUAUUUUGUCAAGUCAAAUAUUCUAGAAAUAUUAACGAAUAUCUUUGAAAUGUCCCUGAACUCCAGCACGUUGUAACUCUGGCUGGAAGAUGCCUGGACAUGUGUGCUAUACCAGUUUACUGUCUGAGAAUUUUUGGACAUGUUCAUGGACAUCUAGGAGACAUGAUUAAAAGUUGGCUAUGUACUCAAACUUCUGGGAUUUGUCCUGAUUGCUAUCAAUAGGAAUUCCUAUACUGAGUAAUGGAAGAAUUAAGUACUUUAUUAAAAAAACCAAACUAAAAACCUAACAGUUUGCAGGGUAGCAAUAUUAACAUGUUCAAACAAGCUGUUGAAUUGUUUGUCUCUAUGUGCAGAAAUGAGAUCUUUUCAAAGAGAAUCGGGAGUCCUUGUGUGUUUCUAAUUCUACUUGUUGAUUGAUAUUAAAUUGUAUAACGAAUAUUUUUGUAAGUCCACAAACAGUCAUUAAACAUAUAGGUAACAAAGAUAAA